UGACCACCUCUGCUGCUCUCCUUGGCUCACGUGAAACUCAUGGAAUUGGCUGAGGGAGGAGUCUGGCACAAACGACACCUUUACGCUAGUCAACAGAAGUUCUCUAUUUCACUCUCGACGCUCCUUUUCUUUAAAGAGGAAAUGCUGAGAUUCACAGGGAAGGCUUCCCAUAAUAGACUCUAAAAAGUAUAGCGACCAGUUGUUUGUUGACUUAUAAUCUAGGCUCCAUAGGCUAGCAACUAUGUUGGAAUUUGACUACCAGUGUCCAGAAGUGUCCAUACCGUCUAUGGAGAGAGAAGUGGACAUGUCCGGGAAAGAAAAAAAACUUUUCAGGGUUGAAGUGUUCUUCAAUGGGAGGAAACACUAUGUCCUCAGGCGACACAGUGAUUUUCAAAACCUCCACAGAAAGCUCAAGAAAAUUCUGAUGCUUCCCGAAUUUCCCAGCAAAAGAAAUCCUCACUUGCGAACCAAGCCCUUGGAUCAAAGGAGACAGGAGCUGGAGGACUAUAUUCAGGAAAUCCUGCAACAAAAUGAGACUGUUCCUCAAGAGCUUUUGGAGUUUCUGCAGAUCAGGCACUUUCGCUCCAUGAGUAAAACGGACAGAACUGACUGUGAACUAAUUCAGCAGUGCGUAGUGACGUUCUCUAAAGAUCCCUUCUUUCUGGGCACAUUUUCAGGUCUUCCGGAUGUGGUUGUGGACGGAGUCCUGGAAGGCUUGUAUCCAAAGGAUGUCAGCGCUCCAUCGGACAACACAUCUGCUGGCGCCAUGUAGGCUCCCACCUACUAUACAUACCACUUAUCACACACCAGCGUUUCAAAAUCUAGGUGUGGUUUAUGCUUGUGCUGUUACAGUAGCUUGUAUAUUUCAUACUUCAAAAGCGUGAACACAAUAUCAGAAAGAUAAUAUCAGCACAUUGUGUCAAAUGUUUUUGUUGUUUUACACUUCACUUGAGUAGAUGUACUGAAUUGGAACUUGUACUGAAGAUGUACUGAAUGGCCUUGACGUUUUUGAUUUUUGUUUUUAUAUUUCAACGUUGUCAUUGUUGGAAUGGACAGGUGUUUCCUGUGUAAUAAUUCCCACUGAAUAUCAAGAAAAAAAAUGUUCUACUACAACAGAUAAAAAUCAAACUCUUGA